AUGCCGACUCCUGUAACGCCAAAUCGCCCCUCCAAAGCUGGAGGGACCACCAGAUCUACUAAGCCCCUCGACAUCGGCCAGCCAUUAGGAGUCCACGAUACAAACACUGUGCGCGCCCGAGUGCGGCAAUGGCAGCAACAAGGCGGCGGAGUGAUUACGAUCGAUGACGGUGUCUACGAUGACGAUGACGAAGAAAACAAACCGAAGAAGACCCCGAAACCCAAGCCCAAGAUCGAAAACGUGAAGGCCGACAAGGUGGAGAAGCCAAAAGAGAAAGAUACAGAAAAAGAAAAAGAAAAGAAAAUCCCACAAACCAGGAAGCGCAGCCAUAGCACUCCGCGCAAACGUGUCAUUAGUGAUGAGCACUGGCGGAGAAAUCGAUCCAAUACUCAAACGUCUACCCGAAACCUCCCCGUGCCCAAACGAAUAAACGAAUACACGACCAAUGAGGGGACAGGAACUCCGCGCGCAAAACGAGAAAAUGAUAAGGACGAGCUAGAAAGACCCAAGCGAGGCACACGACGAGAUACAGUCGCUUCAAAAUCCCCCACUCCCGAAGCAAAGCACCCGAGCCCGCGCAAGGCAGAUAUCGAGUCCGUGGCCGACAGCGACUUGGAGACCGACCUACCAAGAUCCACAACAUUGUCAGAUAUCCCGGAAGCGUCAAAGAGGGAAUCACCACCGCCAGACGAUGUGGAAUGGGCGAAGAGCGAGGCCGACUUUACCGAGUUGUCGCGGGGAAUCUUCGCGCAGAUUGUGGACGAGUCCAGGAAGAUGUUCAAAUUACCAGAACCGGAGCCACCGAGGCCUACGCCUGUUCCGCCUGGACAACGCGGAGCCAAGAUCGAGGCAUGGCUGUCAGACACGCCCGACCCUUUCCUCGAUAAUGAGUCAAAAGAUGACAUGCCGGGUCCUCUAGACAUCAGAUCAGCGCGCGCACGGCGAUCAAGGAGACUAGCAGAUGAUGAAAGCACGAUACUUUCUCCAUCUGAGCUGUCCUUAGAGAGUGAGUCUCGUCCGAAGAGCUCACAUAGCCGUCAUUCAAGAGACAAGGAUAGUAUCUCUGAGAAACGCAAGUCACUCGAUCGCGACUCUACAUCAGAAGUCAGACUGUCGAGCAUCGGUAAAGCUCCGAGACCGUUGCCGCUCAGGAUUCGGGAAGAAAAACUGCGCGACAAGCCAUACGAAGAAAGCACUUUGAGCUUGGACUCGGACCUACAAACAGCCUCAGAAGGAUCUGAAGUCUCUGGCAAUAAUGCACCUGUCCCGUUAGGCCGGAAGAAAGCAUUCCCAAGCACCGGAGGUCAUCGCUUGUCGACAAUAGCUUCUGCCGAAACUUUGAGCACUCUUAUUGAAGACUCAUCCGUCUCUCAGAAAACAUGCCAAGAAAAGACGCUAGAGGAGGCCGAAGAGGCAGCUGAGGAGAAGGACAAUUUUGAUCCCAAUUCUCUGCCCGUAGUCUCUUCUCAGCUGAAACGACGCCUUACUACCCACAACGAUCUCAUGUCGGUUCUGUCAGUUCCUACCGGCCGAAGCAGAAGCAUCCGAUCUGCGCGAAGUAUCCGCACAAACAAGAGCCGUUUGGCCAGUGCGACGGUCCCAGACAUUAUGGCCGAACUCUCUGCAGACGAAGCGAAGUAUAUGCGCGAGCUCAAGACCCUCGUGGGAGGUGUGAUUCCGGUGCUGUUGACCUGUGUGUUGUCACGGUCCGACGCUGCAAUUGCUGCUGGUUUGUUCCGACCCUCCAUGGACCCGAAAGACGACAUGAACUUCUCCAAACCCAUUGUCAAUAUGGGAGUCGCAAUUGAACGUUUGAAGACUCUGCAUAAGCGUAUCCCGCAAGACAACCCGGAUGCGCUACUUACGUGGGCCCAAGGCGCGCAAAGAGUCUACCGCGAAUAUCUCAAAGCGUGGCGACUUGGAUUCAAAGAUGUUAUUGUCAACCUUGCACCGCUAGAAGAAGGCGAGGAAGACAAUGGUGACACAAAGAGUCUUGAUGAGGGUAUGGAGCGUGAUGAGAAUGGCGACGUGGUCGAUGCCGACGGUGAGAAGGUGGAUGUCGCUUAUCUGCUAAAGCGACCUUUAGUGCGACUCAAGUAUCUCGCCAAAAGCUUCAAAGGAAUCAACAUCCUGCAGCCGUCGCCCAAAGCAGAGGAGAUAGCAAAUGCCUACCAAGCGCUUGUGGUAGAUGCACGGAAACGUACACGGGAUGAACGAGCGAGGCUCGAGGACGAGUCCGCUGCAAGCGUUGACCCGACUCGCGCCAGAGAUCCGAUGACACUGGGGAUACUUCAGAAUGUCUCAGUUGAUCAGACCCGCCAUGUCCGGGCCCGCGACUUUUUCAAUCUGUCUUUGUACCACUCUAGUGGCCAGUUGGUUGACUGUCGGGCGGAACUGUUAUAUCGAGACAACGCAUCAAAUGAUGGCCCAGGAGGCGACUUGUUGAUUUCCCGCACCGGCGAGACCAAAGGCGAGAUUGUGAUGAUGCUGCGCAGCGCACCUGGCGAGGAGAAAUAUUGGCAGGAGUUGCUCUCUCUUCGUAUUGAUGAAGUUGAAAUCGGCGCGGAAUGGGUGCAGCUCUUGGGAUCUGAACCUGUUCCCCCUGCGAUCUUCAGAACUCAGAGCUUCAUCAGUCGAGCUAAACAACAUAAGGCUCGCAAAUCUCCAGUCAACGACUCUCCGCCACGAACUAACCCCAGCGACGUUGACAUCCCAAUUGGCGAGAAGGCGGCGAGCAAACGGCGCUCUUUGACCCCGAAGGAGCAAUACUCUGAGCCCAGUACUGUGAGCUCCGCUACCGACAACAGAAGUUCUUUGAUUUCAACAGCCACUCGGGAAACCGACUACACCACGGGAGACUCUGAAUUGUCGAACAAGCAAGCUCGUUCAGGUCCAAGGCGCAGAGGCACUCCCGCUACGGUGACUAUGGGGGAGAGUCUCGCUUCCGGUGAUGCCUCUGCGCAGAUUGCUCUUUCAGAAAGAGCGUUUGAGCCCAUGCCGGCAACAGACUCCCCCACCCCAGGCAGGUUUUACGGCGGCGAUGUGAAGAAUGCCAUCAAAUCAGCCGACUCUAUCAGGGAGAAGUCUCCUCCAAAGUCACCACCAAAGACACCUCGCACCCCCCGCAGAGAGCCUCCAGAGCCCGAGUCUCCUCGUGUGUCAUCCGUACCGUCCGCAUAUCUCCCACAGAUCCCCAAGAUCCGGAGCACAAGCAGCCAAACCCAUUUGUCGGCUCCGUCUAGUGGCGGAACCGAAGAGGAAGAUGAAGAUUACCCCCCGCUGGAUUCUCUGCCUGAGCAACCACAGCCAGAGACACCCACUCGUUCAAGACGAAGAAAAUCCCGGCGGAAGUCAAAGCACGAUGAUGCUCCUCCACCUCCACCGCCACCUCAUCGCUCCCCAAGCUCGAAGCUUCCUUCUGUGCCUGUUCUUAGUCCUGCUGGUGUCAAGCUCAAGCGACGUGGCUCCUCUCCUUUGAAGCACGAAUAUGAGCCCUCUACGGCUUCAGACUCUUACUCAGACACCGAUUCUGACGCAUCGACAGUGCGCCAUUACAGUUAUUCUUCGUCGGAUUACUCGAGGGAUGACGACUCUGAUUCAGAUUAUUCGUCGGAAUCGGAACCGGAAGAAAAAGACCUUCCUCAGCCGAAGAUCCGUGGGCCUGCUUCUACAGAGACAAGCUCUUUGUCUCCUUCCAACUCUGCCUCUCAAAGUGGCUAUAGAACCGUGCCGCUGCAACCUGGCAAGUCAACCAAGGUCAUUGCUUCCAUCUUUGCUUGGUCUAGCAAGGGAAAUUGGGAGACCCUGCUUCCUGACGAAUGCAGUAUCGCCGUUAGCCCCGGACUGAUUGAAGCAUUCAAAAUGAAUGCCGAUCCCCAUUCUACAUCCCCGUCAAGAUCAUCGCGGCCUCUUAUUUCAAUGGAGCUUACACCACUUGUUCCUAUCCGCCGGGGAACUGCUAUUGACAUCAGCAUUCGCUCGCCUCCCACCGAGCGAUCUCAAAUCACUACUAGCAACAACAUUAUGUUCCGAUCCCGCAACCCUGACGACUGUGACGCUCUUUACGCCCUUAUCAACCACGCCCGAAUCAACAAUCCCACCUAUAUCGCUCUCCAGAACGCCCGCGGUCCCUUCAAUGACCACGAAAUACCCAACUACGACCCAGCACCUAAGUCUGGCGGAAGCUGGUUCGGCUUCCCCCGCCGCAGAAAGAGUUAUCGCGCUUCCAGCUCUCCGCGCUCUCUCGCCGAAGGCUCCGAAAGCAGCGUUGGAACCAUGAGCAGCGCUUUCUCUGCACUCAAACGCUUCGGUGGUGGCAGCAAGAUGUUCAACAUCUCCCGUUCUACCAUUGAGUCCCGCAGCGGCCGCGAAGGCAGCAUGUACUCCGGUGAUGGCGACGCAGACUCAGCCUCUCCAUCCGGCGGAAUUGGCCGCAUUGCAGCGGCCAUCAAGGGCGCCGACGGCAUUGGUCUAUCAAACGCCAAGAUCCGCGUCUACCUCCGCGAAAGUGCCUCCAAAUGGCGCGACAUGGGCGCUGCCCGUUUGACUAUCAUGCCCGCGCCUCCCAAAAACUUGCUGUCUCGUCCCGGUACCGCCUUUAGCGGCCGCAGCGACGGAAGCGGAACGCACGACGGAGCUAGCUCACCACCCAGCUCCGGCGCAGCCACACCGCGCACCACGGAGCCGGAGAAACGCAUCAUUAUCCGCGGCAAGACCCGUAGCGAAGUCCUUCUAGACGUCUGUCUGCCUGAGAGCUCAUUUGAACGCGUCGCACGUACUGGAAUUGCCGUAUCCGUGUAUGAAGAGAUCGAAGGCGGCACAAUCGCCAAACAAGGCGGCGUCUCUCUCAACUCACAGCGUAUCUAUAUGCUUCAGAUGAAAAGUGAAGCUGAGACAGCGUACACAUUCGGCCUUGUUGGAAAACUGCGGUAUUAG